GGGGGAUAUGAUAGGUACAGUUGUUGCCUUUUUCGAUGAAAAUCUGAACCGGAAGCUACCGCUCGGAGUUUUGUGACGUCAACAAAUGCAAAACUAGCUCAUAGUGAUUAGCCACGUCAUGUUAACUUAGCUGCGGACCAGCUGUCAAACAAACCCAAGAAGGCUUGUAGUUUAAAGCGAGUUUGAGUUAUUUUUAAAGAAUAUACUUUGUUUCGGCUUUAUUGGUUGGCAGGAGUCCUAUGGAAAGAUGUCAGACAUCGGGGACUGGUUCCGAAGCAUCCCUUUGAUCACCCGGUAUUGGUUUGCUGCUUCGAUUGCUGUUCCUAUUAUCGGUAAACUAGGAUUGAUUGAUUUUAGGAACCUUAUGCUGGUCCCAGAGCUGGUCUUUAGCAGAUUUCAGCUCUGGAGGCCGGUGACAGCUACCCUUUAUUUCCCCAUCACCCCAAACACUGGCUUCCUCUACCUGGUCAACCUUUACUUCCUCUACCAUUACUCCACUCGGCUAGAAACAGGAGCGUUUGAUGGCCGGCCUGCAGACUACGUUUUCAUGCUCCUUUUCAACUGGAUCUGCAUUGUCAUAACCGGGCUGCUGAUGAACAUGCGGCUGCUGAUGAUCCCACUGAUCAUGUCGGUGCUGUACGUCUGGGCUCAGUUCAACAGCGAGACGAUCGUGUCUUUCUGGUUUGGAACUCGCUUCAAGGCACAUUAUCUGCCUUGGGUCAUCCUGGUCUUCAACUUUAUCAUCGGAGGAUCGUUUGUGAAUGAGCUGACAGGCAAUCUGGUCGGCCACCUCUACUUUUUCCUGAUGUUCAAGUACCCCAUGGACCUGGGCGGACGCUCCUUCCUCUCCACGCCGGAGUUCUUGUAUCGGUUCUUCCCGAACACGAGAGGAGGAGUGUCAGGGUUUGGAGUUCCUCCGACCAGGAGGCCGGUUCCCCAGGAGCCGCCAGCGGCAGGCGGGGGAGGAGGAGGCCGUCACAACUGGGGACAAGGCUUUCGCCUCGGAGGAGAAUGAGAUCCACUCCCCCUCAGCUCCUUCUAACAAACAACUGAGCAGUUGACUUCUUCUUUUUUUUUUUUUUUCUGCCUGAGAUUUUUUGCUUCCUCACAAUUUUCUGUUUUGAGAAUGAGAGAGAGAGAGAGAAACUUUACCUCAAGUUUGAUUCAUGUGUGUGUCUGUGCGCGCGUUAGGUUUUAAAAGAUGCUGCAGGAUGAAACCGGAGAAAGUGUGUGUAUGUGCUUUAAGCGGAACUGCUCCGCUCUGCACUACAGGACUCGGACUCUGACCGUAGGCUCGGCUCAGCCGUUUCUUCUGCUGCACGUCUCCGGCAGACGGAACUUAUGAAAAUAAAUUUCUUUUUUUUUUUCCACGGUGACCCCGAACGCCUCCCGCUCAAUUUCCGUCUUUCCUGUCCUCUUCCGCCGUUUUCCUCCACGACUCGACUGUCGACACGGGAGACGUUGCAGCUGCACGCUGUUGAUUCGGACUCCUCCCUCCCUGUGAUGCCAUAUCAGAUUGCAUUGUAAUUAUCACUGCCGAUGCGCCGUCAGCCUUCCUCCAGCAGAAGAGAAGGGAAGCAACAGCGCAUAUAAAAAGAAAAAAAAGUAUUCACCUCCUUGGAUGUGUUGCCCUCUUUAUUGCUUUUACAAAUCAGUCACGAUCAACAGAAGUUGGCUUCACAAAAAAAGAAUAAUCAAUCUGUCUUCUGCAAAAUGACAAACACUUAACAUAAACAUUCACCCCCUUUAUAUCAGCUGACCUAAUUUAACAGAGCUCCAGUCAGUUAGUGCCAGCGAUCUCACGUUAAGAAUGGAGGUCACCUAAAUGCGGUAACAUAAAGCAGCCCGUAGAUGGGAGGGCCAGUAAUCCUGGCUGUCAUGACAACGGGAAGAGAAAACGACACUAGAGGCAAAUCAGAGUAAACAUUGCUUAAAGUAUAAGUCAGGGGAGGGAUAUAAAAAAGCUUCAGCCGGUGAAAUGGUAGAGACUGCCCGUUGCCUGUGCUUUUCAUCUCUUAAAAAGCACAGGCAAGUGACGAUGAGAAGGCCACUGUUAAAGACAAUUCAUGUAGGCUUAAAUAGAGGUUGCCAAACGGUAGAAGAGCGACUCCAUGGUCAAGUGGAAGAGAGGGGUUUUUAUUAGUGAUGAGUAAAAAUGAAGCUUUUCAGCCAUCGAACAGAACACUAUGUUUGGCAGAUUGCAACACCGCACAUCGUGUGCAUGGCGGCGGCAGCAUCAUGCUUCUUGGCAGGACGGCUAGUAAAGGCAGAAGGUCAAACGAGUACAGCAAAAUAUUGAGAAAUGCCAGAGAACUAAGGAGCUAAAGCGACACAGAAAUUGUUUGAAGAUGAACAGAGUGGCCUAGUCAAAGCCCAGACUUCAAUCUGAUAGAGAAUUUGUCAGGUCUUGACACACGAUCCCCAGUCGAUCCCCAGUAUCCCGACGGAAGAUUGAAGAGUUUUGACAAGAAGAAUGGAGUAAAACUCGCAGAGUCCAGCAAAAAUCACGUCUGCUAAAUAUUUAUGCAAUCAGUGGUUUUCUUUUGUAAAAAGCAGUUUUUCCCACAGUCAAUUUUUUUUCUAUAACUAAAGCAUUUGCCAUUUUUUUGGCAUUUGCCAUUUUUUUGUCAAAAAAGUCAAAUUUGUAAAACAUCCAAGGGGGUGAAUACUUUAUUUUUAUAUAUAGAAACUGAAUUUAAGUUGUGUAGCGCUCAGGUCUGAGCUUGUUAAAUAUUUUCGAGUCUUUGGUGCGAAGAGCUGGAACUUUUUCUGACAUGAGACGAUUUAAAUGAGGUACAAAAACAAAAAGAAAAA